GUUGAUGUUGUCAUGAGGCAAAAAGCAAGGGACACAUAAAUAGCCAUAGGAGCUCUGAAUAAUUAUAUUAUAAUUAUUUUUAAGCAUAUUUUUGUUUUGUUUUUCGGGCUGCUCUAGCGUUUAAUCACUAUAUCCUACCUUGACGCUCAGAGACGCAGGAUCGUGAUUAAAAGUAUACAUUUUGACUUGAUAGCUAGCUAGGUAGCUGGCUGUUUGAAUUCAAAUCAUGUGCCAUUUUGUUUAAUCUGUUUGGAACUAUUACACCAUGGACAGCAUGCUGUGUUCAGAGGUAGCAGAGGAAGUUCAGGGACUUGUCAGGGAAUGCUCCUAACCACUUCCAAAUUGUGGUAUCUUUUCGUGAGCUUUUUAGCAGCCGUGGCAUCACCCAGGUUAGUGUUACAUUCCUGGCAAUUGAGGACCAGUACCAGAGGAGUGGCUCUAAUGGAACGACUGACUAUUCCCGAGAAGCAGAAUAUCCCGGGCGUGCUCUACGCUGACGAAAAUGGAGCGGUUUCUACAGAGAUGUAGUGCUGCAAUAAAGGGCAGUGCGGAGGGAAGCUCUGGGAUCCACGUCAUCCUUGGCAACGAGGCCUGUGACCUCGACUCCAUGGUGUCGUCCCUUGCCUUUGCCUACUUUCUGUCCAAAACAUCUGGCAGCUCAGGCAAGACUGUGGUGCCGGUGCUGAACAUCCCGAGGGCUGAGUUCCCCCUGCGGUCAGACAACGUUUUCCUACUGAAGGAGAGCGGUGUUCCGCCUGAGGCUCUGGUGUUCCGUGACGAGGUGGACCUGGCAGGGCUCCAUAGAGCCAAGAGGUUGAUGCUCACCCUGGUGGACCACAACGUGCUUCCUAGUGCCGACAUCGACUUGGAGGAUGCAGUUGUGGAAGUCAUUGACCACCAUGACCUCGAGAGAACACCCUCCAUGUCCUGUUCCGUCACCGUGGAAACCGUGGGUUCCUGUGCUACCUUGGUGACAGAGCGCAUUCACCACAAGGCACCUGAAGUGCUAGACAGACAGGUGGCUCAAUUAUUAUACGGGGCCAUCGUGCUGGAUUGUGUCAACAUGGCCCCUGAGGCGGGCAAGGUCACACCCAAGGACAGCCAACUGUCCUGCCUGCUGGAGUCGCGUUUCCCUGACCUGCCGCCCAGGGGCGCCCUCUUCCAGUCCCUACAAAGCGCCAAGUUUGACAUCUCAGGUCUUUCUACAGAGCAGAUCCUGCUAAAGGACAUGAAGUCUGUCUCUGGGGGCGACCUGAGACUGGCAGUCUGCACUGUGUAUAUGACACUAGAUGUGUUCCUACAGCGGAGGAGCCUACAACAGGAGCUUUGUGAGUUCUGUCACAAACAUCGUUUCGGGGCGGUGGUCGCCAUGACAAUCUCUUUUAAUGAACGCAGUGAGCCCCAUCGGCAGCUGGCGGUCUACAGUUCCAGCACCCUCUAUAGGGAGGAGGUGAGCCAAGCAUUAGAAAAGUCGUGCAACCCCUCUCUGAGCUUCUCUCCAAUGAGCAGCCCCUUCAACAACAUCAGGUCUUAUCUCCAAGGUAACGCACUGGCCUCCCGCAAGAAAGUGCUGCCUAUCCUCAAGAACUUCCUGAAGGAGUGGGACAAGAAGCAAGUGCAUUGUGGGGAGGCGGAGGACUUUGAGGAGCUGGACGACCACGUUGACCCCACGGGGUCGCCUAGUUUUGACGAGGACGCCCGCCCCCGCUGCUUCUCAGCCUCCCGGCACCACCGUCGCCGCUUGCUGGGCACCGAGGACUCUGGGAUGGAGGAGGACUUCCAGGUGCCGGCCACUCCCAUGAACAGCCUGGUGGAGGGCUGUCCGCUGGACGCCGGCCUUCCCCGGAUCAGCGCGGAAGCCAUUUUGGAAAAGUUCUCCCGCAUGGGAGGGGAAGCAGGGGAAAAUAAAGAUGGCAACUGGCCAGGUGAACAAUAACCUUCUGUUGAUGCCUUUUAAUCCUAGUACCCCUGACUGACUGUUCUCAUGCACCUCAAUCCAAUCAACAGACUAUAAGAAGGAGUGUUCAAAGUUCAUAUUCAGAAGCAUAUCAAUCAAUUGUAUGUUUCAUAAGGGACAUCUCAUAGCAAAUUAUAAUGACAAUCCAAAGGGGCCAUGUUCAGUAACUCACUGGUUAUAUAGCAAUCCUAGGUUUGCUAUCGGCAGCUCCUUUGACAUUAACUGGAAACAGGGCCCUGUUCAGGAGGAACAAAACGGAACAAAACAGGGAGGUACCAUCUGAACUAAGAAAUGCUUGUUUUUGUUUUCCGUUGCAACACGUUUUGCUGCGGUGUGCCCGAAUGAACACAACCCUGGACUACUGUGGCUGUCAGACUGAUCACCAAGCUCUUAUGGAUGCUUUACUCAAGUCAGGACUAACAACACCAUAGAACAUUAUGAAGAAUAGGAUAUUCUUUUAAAAAAUGGCAACCGUAAGAAAAAAGGGGAUGACUAGUAGCACUGUAUCAAGGACUACAGAUGGAGUUUGAAUGAAGUGUGUGUUUUCUCUGUAUCGCAUCUGAGUACAUGGGACUGCCUCGUUGGUUAGUUGGUGCCAUCUCCAAGUGUAGGGGGAGUGGAUUGGAAAUGUGGAGAAUACAUAAUGGACUAACAUAUAAUUCAUCUUUGAAGGGCCUAUUUCAAUGUCACAGGCAUUUGAGUGAACGGGGUCCUGUGUGGCUCAGUCGGUAGAGCAUGGCGCUUGCAACGCCAAGCGUCGUGGGUUCGAUUCCCGCUGGGGCCACCCAUAUGUAAAAGUAGUGGCCCCAGCCGACUUGUAAGUCGCUUUGGACAAAAGCGUCUGCUAAAUGGGAUAUAUAUUAUUAUAUAUUAUGAUGAGGGAGAAUCUUGCAGUGGAGAGUGACUUCAUCCAUUAUGACAGCAUGUGUUUCAGCGGUCCUGGUCCUGCUGAGUCUGCUGGUUUUUAGUGCAACCAAUCUAUGUACAGCUUCAUAUGUGCGUUAUUGGGCUAAUGACUGGACGCGUGAUAUCUCCUGACGUGUGUGUGCGAGCACAUGUGUUUGUUUCAUGUGUGUGGAGUUUUCAUGGUUAGUGGGACGUCUUGAUGACAUUAUCACCAGUCACAAAGUUCUCCUCAUUGUCGGGAUCCAUCUGAAAAGGGGGAAGAAUUCACAUCCUUCCCACAAAGAGAGAGAGAGGUGGAUAGAUAGAUACCAGAUGAUGGAUGCAACUCUGCUGCUCAUUCAUGCAUACGAACCUCCUGCCCCCGUUCAGAGACCUAACUAUAUACUCAGUCACCUUUGCUCUCUCUCUCUCUCUCUGACUGAGAUUUAUAUCGCAAUGCUACUUCAGCUGUCCAAAUAUACGUAUCAUCUAGAAUCACCAUUGAUUAUGUUACCAGUGAGGAAUUAGCCUGAUCUGAGAUCUGUUUGCAUUCUUGCCAACCCCUAUCAUCAGAGUUGACUAUACAGCACCAACAGAUCUGGGACCGAGUUAGUGAUGAAUUGCUCUGAUCUGUAAUCUAUGUCGCAUACCCAGAGAGCCUCGUGGGGGUUAAUUUGAGUUAACAUUAGUUCAGAUGUCUGCUUCAUUAGCUGGCUGUAGUUUGGGCUGAGGAGUAGUUUUCAACUUACUGUACCACAGAGACGUGCAAACACACCCAGGCCAACCCACAUACAGAUAAAUGCAUAGACAUAAACACAUUCGCUGCUAUGCAUGGUAAUUAUGUUCAGGCUGGUGCCUUGCCAUGUUUUAAUCGUUGAGGAUGUGGAGUCAUUAUAUGUCUGUUUGGGUAGACCUCUGUUCUCUACAUACAGUACACUGCAGCUCUAAUGUAAUCUAGUUGGUGUGAAAAUCUUCAAAUUCAGUUGACCAAGUGAAACUGAGCAAAAGACAGUGACACUAUUGCAUUUCAGUCUCUUGUUUCUUCCUUUGGAUCCUACCCUUUCAGUGUUCCCAGAUCACAAUGUUUCGACACGUGGAAGUAAUCAGAUGAUGGCUUCCUCUGAUAGGCUAUCUGAAGCUUUCACCAUACUACUCUCACCUAUCCAGUCCUUUAGGAUCUUGGAUCAAAUGCAAAAAUUGUAUUUUGUUAUAAUUUGAUUUAAUAUAUUUGACAAAAGAAAACAUCUUUAAGUGUUGACUAGCACUGUGUUGAACCAUUUAAUUAAGAUAUUAAAUUAAGAUAGUAUAGUUGAAGAUACUUGAUUAUAUAAAUCAACCAUGCAGUUGCAUUGAUAUCCUCCCUACGUCACAGUGAGAAGGUAUGUUCAGUCAUCUCGUUCAUAGUUAAACAAUAUAUGGCGUCUAAGCUAGCAUGGUAUUGAUAAUUUGCUAAUAAAUUUGCUAAUUGAUAGUUUGCUAAUAAACAUACUCUGAAAGAUUUCUAUAUUGAGCCUAAGGUAUUAAGGAUUUGGCAAUCAUUGGCUUGUAGAUGUUCAGCAAGAUUAGAUUGUAAAAAAUUAAAAAAAUGUUUUGCCAGCUAAACAUGCAUGAGCAAAUUUGUUUUUGACAAUGUCAACACCAAUGUACUGUAUCUUGUAUCCCAAAUCCGUUGUUCCCAAGAGGGGUCACAAAAAAGCAAAGCUAAUUAUGUUUGUGUUCUUUUUUAUAUCUCCAGUCCACAUACCUUUUGUGGAAGUGUUUCAUGGGAAAUGUAUUUACAAUGCAAUGGCUCAGUGACUGUGCAGUUUAAUAUGAACACUAAACACUAGUUUGCGAAAAGGCAUGAAUCCCUUUCCUAUACCAUUUGUCAUGAUUACAUGUUUUUGUAUGUGCUCUGUGGUGUUCUAAUUUCUCCAUGUGUUUAAGGUUUGAAAUGUUAGCUAGCUCGACUUGUUUAGCUUCUAAACAGGUUGAACAAAGACAAGUCAUUCACAAUGGGUUUUUUUACCAAAUUGGUUCCCUUUUUCAGUUUAUCAUGGUUUAAAUCAAAAGAUCCCCCCCCCCCCCCAACAUGCAGUUCCUUUCAGCAUGGGUAGUUUUGUGAAUAUUAUGCAGUACAAUCAGGAUUCAACUUCCCUUGUAUUCAAGUAUGCAAUAUGAAGUGUUUGCUGUGUGGUUCCUUUAUUUAAGUGAGAAAAAAACUGAAUGUGAAAACCACGUGUAAGAAAAUAUUCUAAGAGUAAAAAUAUGCUGUUCUAUUAUUAAAGAUGGAUUUGAAGAGUU